UAACGCUCGGUCAGGUCCUACAAACGCGACCCGGUCUCUGGCCCAACUCUUUCUCUUCUCUCUUUCUUUCUCUUUCUUUUUCUUUCUUUCCCUUUCUCUUCCUCUUUUUUGUACUCGUUCAUUCGCUUGUAAACGUCACUUUAUAUCGCGUUUUCAUCAUUCGUCUGAGAUUCGGCGAUCAUUUACUAUUCAUUCUACUAUUCGUCAACGAUCGUGACAAGUUUUUAAAAAACAAAUCAAAUCCUGAAUCCUGGUGUUCUUGAUACAAAGUGAAACGGAAAAGGAAACUAUCCGAACGUUAUAGUGGACAAUGAUUUAUAUUUAGAAAUUUACAUCUUCAUUCAUUUCGAGGAUUGACUCAUUGAAGAAGGAUAGGAGAAGUUGCGUCUACGCGGUGCCGAUCAUAGUUUCAUUCAAGAACAUUUAGGGAGGGGAUAGGAUGUCUACAGAAGAUACUGCAAAUGAAUUCAUUCAAACUGACAGCUCGUGAAGUAUAUGAACGUUAAAAUUCGUCUCGACUGAUCGGUGAUGAAAAUCCAAAAAGAAUAUAUCAUAGUGUUACAAAUGUUUCUUCGACAAUCGGUUGACAUCCAAAGGAUUUUCUUUUUGGAAGGAUUUUAAUGGAUCGACCGAAUGGCUCACCGUUUGGCGCGCGUGAAUCGCAAAAUUUUCUAACAAAGAUGAGGAAGAAUCGAGGAAUAAGAGUUUGAUCGUACUGGCGCACAUUUUUCCAGGCUCCAGAUAUAUAUAUUAUGUUAGGAAGAGGACUAUGUACCUUAAUGAAGCUGCUGGCGUUUGCCGGAAGCGUCGCGACGCUCCUGGCGGACGAAGAUUGGAACGUUCCCACAAGCCUCCAAAAGGAAUGCUCCUCGAAAUGUCCCAAUCUCGACUUGAAUCAAAAUCGCACGGAGGACAGUAGCCCGGAAGUAGGAUGCGGCGUGAGAUGUAAAGUCGAACAGUGUACCAAAGGAUGCGAGGCAUGGGCACAGGCACUCGACAUGAGUUGUCAAACCGUUUGCAAUGGAACGCAAGAAUUGCUACCACCGAAGGAAUUGUAUUGCGUUUUAGGUUGUCACGAUGCACUGAAUCGAUAUUUUCAACAAUUAAAAGCGGAGAUAGGAGUGCCUGCUGCACCCGCACUGGUGGCGGACUCUUUGACGGCGACCUCGCUGAGAUUGGAAUGGAAGGGCAUGAAUAUGAAUCGACGCAGCAGCGGAAUAUCUUAUCUGGUACAAUGGAGGUACGAAGAAUUGGUUGAAACUUGGCAGUACUGUAGAAAUCAAACAUGGGGGGAAGACGAUCAGAUAUUGGUGGAGAAUUUGCAACCCUAUACAAAAUACAGAUUUCGCGUGGCAUUGCUCUUAAAAUCAUCGCAGCAUAAUCCUGAACCAAUCGUCUCCGCUCCGAGCGUGGUGAUAUUAACAUUAGCUGCUGGUUUGCCAUCGUCAGCACCGGUAAUUGUAAGAGCGGCGGCAGUAGACAGCUGCCGUGUCUCUGUGUCUUGGGAACCAGGCCCUUUUCCAAAUGGGCCACUUUUGUCUUAUGUCCUACGUCUGCAAGGGGCUGAUCACUCCCAGCUUAAGGAUAUACCAGCUUCGGAAAACACGGAUCACUAUAUGUUUCAAAAUCUUGAACCGAAUAAAAAUUAUUCUGUAAGUGUUACAAUGCGAAACAGUGUAGGGGAAGGACCACCGGCAACAAUUCAUAUAUCUACCAACCCCGAACCUACAGUGAAGGACACGGAACAACCAAUUCUCAUACUCGGUGGAGAACACGUUGUAAUGAAACAAGGUGCCGAUAUGCUCGACGAGCCUAGUGUAGUUUAUCGAACCUCAAGCGUCAUUCGUGGAGUGGCUAUUCAUGUUGCUUCUGCUCAACUAUUUGUUUCGGACUCUACGGGAUACGUAUACAGAACAUCGAUCUUGGAACCACCAGAACUUAGAAAAAAUAUUACGAUACUUAGCCCGAGCGAAGCUAAUUUUAAACCGUUGAGUUUAUCAGUGGAUUGGUUAAACCUACAACUAUAUGUGUUGGGUGAAGUGAAACAUUCCACAACCGUUUGGCAAAUAGCAAGAUGUAAUUUAGACGGUAAAGGUUUAACCGUAGCUAUGGCCGGUUUCUUGACACGACCAUCUCACAUUGAAGUAGAUCCUUACAAUGGUUACCUUUUCUGGGUAACCAGAGGAGGAUUGUAUAGAUUGGACUUAGCUGAUAUAAGUAAUGGAGUUAAACACGAGGUUCAGCCAUACCUCAUUCUAGAGGAUGAGCACUUAGGAGCAUUUACUGUCGAUCACACGAAUUUCCGACUACUAGUACCCCAUCAAACGGAAAAUACGGUGAUGUCCGUAUCACUCGACGGACGGGAAGUACUAAACUUGCGUGCUAACACGCAGCAACCUAAAUUUAAGAACGUACUCUCCUUGGCGAUGGCUAAUGGUCUAUUUUAUUGGACAAAUGGAGAAGAGGUCUUAACCGAGGGCUAUCAUUCCGGAAAGAACAGAUACUUUCAUAAUGCAUAUCCCGACAGAUUGGAUGGUUCAUUUGUAAGUGUGAACGUUUUAAUGGACGCCAGUCAACCCGUUCCAGUUCCAGUAAAUCCACCUACAGGUGUACAAGCAGUUUUAGGCGCUGAAAGAGCCAAGGUCUCAUGGCAAGUACCUCAUUUACUAGGUGGCCAGGGUAAAGGUGCUUGGCAAAAUUGGUCGUACGAGUUGGAAAUCAAAGACGAAUCUACAGGCGAGACGAUUCGUCAAAAAGAAAUAGCCGGUUCUUCGCACACGGUACAUAAUUUACGAGAAAAAUCAAAAUAUUCGAUCAAGGCAGCUGCUUACACAACUGCUGGCAGAGGUCCAUGGUCAACUGAAUUCCGUGGACGUACCUUGAGGAACGGGUCGCGUGCUUCUAUCCUAUGGUCUGCGAACGAAGGUCUUUUAAAAAGUGAUGUCACAGGAGAGAACAUCGAUACUUUAAUUUACAAAACGAGUUUGAAAGACUCCGAAAAUGCUUACCACAUAGUAGAUGUCAGUUGGUACAAAGAUAUGCUAUAUAUCGUAGGAAAUAAUUCCGUUCUAUAUCAGUACAACUUUACAACCCAUGUGAAAACUAAAUUAAACAUCCAUUCCGUUGGGAGUGUUGCUGUAGAUUGGAUAUCAAAAAAAUUAUAUUGGGCUAAUCCAAAACAACAAAUUAUAACAAGAGCAAACUUGAAUGGUUCGCAACAAGAACCCAUGUCGAUUUUAGCGAUCGUUAAAGAACUUUUAAUCGAUUCUUUAGAAGCUUACUUGUAUUGGUCGACUGGUCACGCGGUGGAAGUAGCACGCUUAAAUGGACAGGACAGAAGGUAUUAUCACUCUGAUGAGAUAUUCAAUGGGAAGCAAGUGAUGGGUCUAACGUUGGAUAGCGAGCAUCGUUAUUUAUAUUGGAUCGUUAGGAGCUACGAAAGUGGAUCUAUCGUUUACCGAGCACCUACUUCUGAAAGAAUACCGAUGGAUCAAAAAAUCAUACCGGAAAAGGUAUCAGCUUUGCAACACCCAAAUAUUCAAGGACCUCUGUGUUAUUUUUCGGAACACCUACUAUGGCUUCAAGAUGAUAGAAACGCUGUGAUCGGUGAUCUAUUCGGACAAAACACGGCGAUUAUUAACGGUAUCACGUUAUCGGGUUUGCGAAUGGUCGCUGUCAUGGACCCAGCUCUUCACGGUUAUCCAAAAAACCUGACAUCCGAAAGCGUUGUCGUCUUACCAAAUGCCGUUAAUCUCACUAGUAUCAGAGUCGAAGGUACUUCAGGAAAGUUCAAUGUAUCUUGGGAUCCAGUAGAUAAUAUCAAUUAUGGAACGGUCUUCUACGAAGUUAAAUUUCUUGAUCACAUUAAUACCAAUUCCAAUCCCGAGAUAACCAGCGAAACUUCUAUGCCUUAUAACAAUUCGGAACGUAUAGAACCGUAUUCUUUAUUGGAGGUCACGGUUAAAGCUUUCACGUAUUGGGAAACUGCACAUCAUUCUAGAGCAAUAUUGAGAUCGCCGCAAAGCCUUCCAUCCGAGCCUACAAAUCCUAGACUGUUCGUAGAAAAUUAUAGAAAACCACUUAACGAAAAAAUGGAAACUGUUGUAAUAUUUAGAUGGAAUCGGCCAAAAUUUGAAAAUGGAGAGAUACUGGGUUAUACUAUUCAAUGUUGGUUCAACGAGAUAGCAAAUCAUACUGACAUACAUGUUUGCGACGAAUCUAACGUACCUUCUAACAUACUAGAAUACAAAGUUUACAAUCUAUCACCAAACGUGACCUAUUACUUUCAAGUUCGUGCCAAAACGAGCAUUGGAUUUGGCUCUUACACCGACGUAAUUGGUGUAUCAACAGCUUAUGAAAAUCCUAUACCACGAUUAUUACUUGCAACGACUGAGGCUGUAAAUGUGAUCGAUUUGGACGAAAAAAUGAACAAUUAUACUAUUACGCGUCACGUAGCCGUUGAAAUAGCUUUCUCCGCUGCAGAGGAUAAUAUUUUUUGGAUCAAUAAAAUACAAGAAUUAAUCUCGUCCGAUUCAAGAGGAAUUCAUAUCACCAAAAUCUUCACCCUAAAUAAUACUGCGUACAGUUUAUGCGUAGAUUGGAUUGCGAAAUAUUUGUACUGGAGCGAGUCGAAUGACAAGGAAAGCGAAAGUCGUAUUCUAAAAUUAGAUUUAUCUAUGUUACAAGACAAAAUCGUGACGUUUCAACCAAUAAUAACUAGAUACGGACGUAUUGUGAAAUUGGAUAUAUUACCAUCCGUGGGAUCUUUAUAUUGGAUAGAAUCGACAAAAACUGAUCGUGGGAUAAUAAUGCAAUCAGAUCUCUACGGAGAAAAUAUUCAACCAUUUUUUAAUCAAAUGGGAGAUUGUUCUUGUCCGUAUCGGCCGUCUGUCUCACCGAUAAUGACGAUAGAUAGUACCGAGACAGAAAAUCCAGUUCUAUACUGGGUAUCACUCGAAGGUCACUUAUACGUCGCUGAUAUUAAUGGAUGCAUCUGCAAAAUGAUAAUAGAUCCAGGUUUGGAUAAGGGUCUAACGUUUGCUUCCUUAACGGUAGAUAAGAUCAACAUUUAUUGGACGAAUACUGUGGAUAUGAAACUUUAUCUCGUUAAUAAAAAAUACCUAGAAAAAGGAAAAAUAAUGGAUUUUUAUACUCCACACGUACGAAGUAUCAAGGCUUUGGGUAAAUCUUUGCAACCUUAUCCAAGCGCAGAAUGUUUAAUACCACGUCCAAUGUUGUAUAAUAUAGAAGAAGUGAAAAAAACAGCCGAUAGCAUCACCGUUAAAUUGCCACAACCUCUUCCUCACAAUGGCUGCAAAGCUUACAACUUACCAAAAACUUUAUACCUCAUGGACGUUUAUGAAUGUGCAGAAAAUAAUUCGAAAGAUUGUCGCGAAAGUUCCGAUAUUCAGGAAAAAUGUAAACGAUAUCAAACUUAUGAAAGAGAAUAUGCGAUAGAACAUUUAAAACCUUUCACGAGAUAUUUGAUAAAAUUGAGCUUAGCUAAUAUCUACAUCGAAUGGGAUAGAGUAAAUUUGGAGUUUAGUUCGGGUAUUAUACUGACAACAGAUGCUGGAGCUCCCAGUGCACCAGAAAACGUGUCCGUUCAAGUUCUUACGCCUACUUUGGCUGCUGUCUAUUGGAUGCCACCAAAGAUAUUCAAUUCUCCUGCAGUGAAUUACGAAAUUCAUUGGAAAUCAGAUAGUCUGAUAAAUGGUGUUCGACAAAAGGGCGAGCAGCUAGUGAAGGAUACGGAACAAGUAAAAAAUGGUAAAUUCAUCGCGAUGUUACAACCAUUGUUACCGGGACAAAUCUAUUUUAUAUCCGUUCGUGCUUGUCCAGCACAAUUCAACGAAGUUUUUAGCGAGAGCGAAAAACAAAUGAUCAGUAUGUAUCCGGAGCCAAAUAAUUUAACUUUGAUCGCAGCCAGUAUAAACGGCUUAAAUAUCUCCUGGGUACCCACGAUAAGUCUAAUGAUUAGCUACGUCUUAGAAUACAAAGAUGUUGCCUUAGAAGAGUGGCGCGUCGCGAAUGAAUCCGAAAUCGAUUCGGAAAAAGUCAUUUAUCGGUUGCGAAAUCUGCAACCACGUACUCUUUAUAAGUUUCGCUUGUUACUCCGAUAUCCUAAUUAUGAUCAGGAUUUUAUAUGGUCUCCGGAUGGAAGGUUCACCUAUCAAACUCUUGGAGAUGUACCAAGUGCACCCGGAACACCGACUGUAAUUAAAUUACGCAGUUCCGUAUACCAAUUAAACUGGGAUGCUGCACAGGCUCACGGUUCUCAAAUUACAUUGUACCGUCUAGAAACCAAAAUGAUUGACGAAGGGCAACGAGAUGAAGCAACGACGAGCAACGGUGAAAGUUGGACUUUGUGUUACAACGGAACGGAUAAUUACUGGAUUAUCAAGGGAGAUAUGGAUCGAAGGUAUAGAUUUCGUGUGAGAGCUCGAAAUGCUUACGGAUUUGGUGCUUGGAGCAGAUCAAGCAAUGUCAUCGAUUUGACUGACUCGGCAGUCGGUGGAUUGCUAGCGACUCAGCAACAAUUAGGAUUAAUUUUAGGUUUGACUGUUCCAGUCAUUGCUUUCGGCCUGGUUUGCUUUUGCUACUUUCUAUGUCUCUAUAGGCAACGCAAGGAUGAUAAAAAAGUGGUUUUGUCUCCCAUAGUAUCAGAUGUCGAAUUAGCGACGUUACGAGAAAUACCUCGUAGUAACUUUGUUCAGCCAAAUGCUCUUUACGCGUCCACCAUGCAAAACGAUCCAGAUGAUUCCAUGUUACCAAAAAUAAAACGAGAACAAAUAACGUUGGCUAAAUUUUUAGGCAGUGGUGCAUUCGGAGAGGUGUUUCAAGGAAAUGCUAAAGAAUUGGACGGACCUGACACUGUAACACCUGUUGCUAUAAAGACACUUCGAAAAGGUGCCACGGCACAAGAAAAAAGUGAAUUUUUGCAAGAGGCACGAUUAAUGAGCCAUUUCCGACACAAACAUGUACUAAGACUCUUGGGUAUUUGUUUAGACAUAGACCCUCCAUUGUUAGUAUUAGAGCUGAUGGAAGCCGGUGAUCUAUUGAGCUACUUGAGAGCGAGUAGAUCCUUACAACCCACAGAUCCUUAUGCCUUACGUCUACAAGACCUCCUAGCAAUGUGCGAGGACGUGGCUAGAGGUUGCCGUUAUCUCGAAGAACUUCAUUUUGUACAUAGAGAUCUUGCUUGUAGAAAUUGUUUGGUAUCGACGAGAGAACGUGAGAAUCGAGUUGUUAAGAUAGGCGAUUUUGGUCUAGCGAGAGACAUUUACAAAAACGAUUAUUAUCGGAAAGAAGGUGAAGGAUUACUUCCCGUUCGUUGGAUGGCCCCAGAAUCCUUAGUCGAUGGAGUCUUCACAUCUCAAAGCGACGUUUGGGCAUUUGGUGUAUUAAUGUGGGAGAUCACUUCGUUAGGACAACAACCUUAUCCAGCUAGAACAAAUCUAGAGGUAUUGCAUCACGUACGAGCAGGUGGAAGAUUACCAAAACCUUUAAAUUGUCCGCCGACGUUACAUCGUCUGAUGUUAUGUUGCUGGAGUGCUGCCGAUAGUAGACCGAGCUUCAAAACUUGUCUCGAACAUAUCGUCAAUCUUCGAAAAAACAUACAGGAUGCCGUGUUAAGUCCUGUACACGCUGGUCACUAUUUGGUACGAAGAGGCGUAUCUAACAUGGCUUAUUUCGCUGACGAGAAUCAAAAUUGCAAUAAUCCAGGUAACUCUUGGAAAUCAAGUAGUUCGGAAGGAAGUAGAGAUAUGCAACCUUUCCUUCAGAAUUCACAAAAUGUCACUCUUGUAACACAAUCGGAUGAUAUACCAAAAUAUUUAGAAUUAUUAGCGGACAGUGACGACGUUGUUCUUAGAGAAAAUCGAGUGACCGAAUAUGAGGUUCCACGAUCGAUUCAUAUUUCGAAUCCAAACUUAAUAAAUAUAGAUAAGAUUUCCCAAGGACUAAUGGAAGUUAAAAAUUUAGAAGAUUUGCAAGAGUCCAAGGAAUUCUUGAAAAAUGGUAUUAAGGAUCGAAGAUCAUCAAUAACGUCUUCCGAACCUAGCAAAGAGGCAAUUUUUAAAACAAAUAUGACUGAUAGAUGUAAAACGUUAGAUACAUCCAAGUUAAGAAACUCUAAUAUUAGAGCAAGUUUUACAGGAGAUUCAUUGAUGAACGAGCAACAAAAGUACAAGCGGAAUAGCACAAUCGAACGAAGAAAAUCAGAAAUGAGUUUAGAAGGAAAGGACAAAAUGGUAAUUAAUUCAAACACGAAUAUAUCUGUUUCUACUCGUUCGAAUGUGAUUACGAACGAUUCGCAAAACGUUUCUUCGAGGAACAAUGCUACAAAACCGGAUGAAAAUGAAGAAAUCAGUGAUAAUAGCAUUAAAAAUAAUAAUUCGACAAAAAUACAAAGGACACAAUCCACCUUGCAAAGUGGUAAAGCUAAUAUUCCUUUAGUGAUAAAUAGUGCAUUAUUAAAUUUGUUAAGGCAAACUCCAAUGAUCGAGGACGGUAAUAAUAGUGUUACCUAUACGAACAUUAACACGGACACCGUUAGAGUGAACGGAUCUUGAAACGAUUCUUUCUGUUGUAUUUUGUAAAUACGAAUAUAUACACUCAAUUCUUAUAUUCAAACUUUUAUAAGUGUACCUGCAUCAAUUUCGUACGAAAUCGCUAACAACUUUGUACGUUCGAACUUUCUUCGUUAACUUCGACCGAUUUACUGAAAGGUGCAAUUUUCUUCGAUUUUAUUGCACAUCCUUUUCAUCUUAUUAUUCGCGUUUAGUGCUAUAAAAUGAAUUAUGAAUUAAAUUUAUAUAUAAUCCAUAAUUCAAUACGUAGUAAUAAAACAAAGUAAGACCAACUUUGUACAAUAAAUAAAAUACAUGUACAUGCACUAUUAUUUUAUCGAUCGUUGAUACAUCAUGUGAAGUAGACAUAUGCCUACUGAAAAGAGACGUAGAAAUUAAACGAUUAAACUUAGUCGCACAAAUUAUAAAUAUUGUAUAUGAUUGACAGUGUAAAAAGAGUUGUGAAUUUUAGCCAGUACACUGCCAUUUUUUUCACUUUCUGCGAAUACCGCAAAUACAAAAUGUAAAAUAAAGACUAGUUAUAUAUAUAUAUAUAUAUAUAUAUAUAUAUAUAUAUAUAUAUAUCUUUU